CAGCUGGCCAAAGAAGCGAAAAACAACUUCUAUUGUUGUUUGUUUGGUUUCUUCUUCUAUGCCGCAAUUCACAAAUUCACUUUCACAACUCUCUCUCUUUCUCUCUCUGAAAAUCGAUUAUUAAAUAAUCACUUCUGAGUAAUUUACAAUUCAGCUUCUACAAUGGUUCAGCUUAUGAGAUCUGAUUCUGAUAAUCACUUCAUCAAAAAGGUUAAACUGGAGGAGUCUCAACUACAAGACGAUGAUGUUCGUUGUCUUCCCAACAAACGACCUAGAUUUGAUUUCAAUUUAGAUUCUUCUCCCAAGUGUGAUUUAAGCGACGAUUCAGCUCCGAUUUCACCGGGUUUAUACAACCCUUUGAAUGAACCAAGUCCUCUUGGUUUGCGUUUGAAGAAAAGUCCUUCACUUUUGGAUUUGAUUCAGAUGAGGCUUUCUGAGCAGCAUGAUUCUAAGAAGAAAGAUCAGAAGGCUUCUGCUGCAGCUGCUGCUGCUGAUUCUAAACUCAAGGCUUCUAAUUUUCCUGCUACUGUUUUGAAAAUUGGAACUUGGGAGUAUAAAUCUAGAUAUGAAGGAGAUUUGGUGGCAAAGUGUUACUUUGCAAAGCAUAAGCUUGUUUGGGAAGUUCUUGAUGGUUGUCUUAAGAAUAAGAUUGAGAUUCCUUGGUCUGAUAUCAUGGCUCUUAAGGCUAACUACCCUGAGGAUGCACCAGGGACACUUGAAGUUGUUCUUGCAAGGAGGCCUUUGUUUUUUAGGGAGAUCAAUCCACAACCAAGGAAGCAUACCUUGUGGCAAGCAACAUCAGACUUUACCGGCGGACAAGCCAGCAUUCAUAGGCGACACUUUAUGCAAUGCCCUCAAGGUUUGUUAGGGAGGCAUUUUGAGAAGCUCAUACAGUGUGAUCCCCGUCUCAAUUUUCUGAGCCAACAGCAGGAUUUCGUGUUGGAGUCUCCUUAUUUUGAGACUGGAACUGCAAUUCACGAUCACAUUGAAUCCAGUGAUGGUUUUGAUCGAAAAAGUGAAGGGCAACCUGGGAUUUUCGGGUUGCAGCAGGAUGUGGAAUCUGGAUCUGCAGGUCAAUCAUCUUCCUCUAGAAGUGAACAUAAUCUUAUGGGUAAAGCUGUUGAAAACAAUUUCCAAGAAAUUACCUCGCCUAGCUCAGUGAUGAACCCUCAUGCAAUCAGAGGUUUCAAGAGCCGAGGAGCUGAAUCAUUGAAGUUUCUCAGCAAUUUGGAUCAGAUCAAAUUGCCCGGUCUUCACCCUUCUAUGUCGAUUGAAGAUCUGGUUAACCACAUCGGACACUGCAUUACAGAACAGAUGGGACCUGAAAACUCCAGCUUCGCUAGCGACAGAUCAAAGUUGGAGGAAUUCACGCAGUAUUUAUUCAACGACUCUCAAAUCCAACCUGCCUCUGAUGAACAGAAUCUCAUGUCAAGGGUGAACUCCUUCUACAACCUUCUUCAGAAGGACCCUUCAACAGCCGAAAACAAAACUGUUCGAAACAGUAAUAUUUUCAAUAUAGCUGAAGAUAGAAAAGUUGAUGAGCGUAAUCAUGCUGAAUGCAAAAGUAAAAUGGUCGAAUUUGAAAUUCAACAAGAUGAGGAUGAUGCUGAUGAUUCUGGUAGUCAGCAAGAAAAUGGUUUAACCAGGAAGGAAUCAGCUGGAGAGUUACUUCUUAAUCUUCCAAGGAUUAAUUCAAUGCCACAUUUUCUGUUUCCUAUGCCUGAGGAUUCUGGUAGUCAUGUUAGAUAGUGAUUUUCUGAUAUAAGCUUGGAACUUGGAAGUAUCACAGAACAAGAACAAACCUCUAUGUGUAGUUUUCAACAGUGUGAAUAUUUUAUUUUAUGUGCAUUUGGUUACUCAAACUCAAUGGGAUUCAGAGAUUUUCAUUGAUGAAGAAUCCCAACAGUGAUGUUUAUAGUUGUUAUUAAACAAAAUAAGACAAAAACAUGUUGAUCGUGUGUUUGGGAGAGACAACACCUUGUUGGCCUUUAUAAAGGGACCCGUUUAGUUCUA